AUGAUUGAACUCGGCCUACAACGCAUCUCACGCUUAUUGCAGGAUACCCCGCUACCAUGGCGCGCAGUACACGUCGCUGGCACGAACGGCAAAGGCUCCGUCUGUACACAAAUCUCAAGCAUGCUCGACCUCUAUAACGACUCGAAUUAUCGUAAGGAGAUGAACCAACCGAGACUCUCCCACGCUCGCUUCAUGAGCCCACAUUUGAUCGAUCGCUGGGACUGCAUUACCAUCAACCAGAAAACAGUACCUUUCAAGCUGUUCGAUCAUAUUGAGCGUCAAGUGCUCAAGCGCAAUGACCGGGAAGGUAUCGACGCCAGCGAGUUUGAGCUGCUAACUGCCACUGCAUUCGAGAUCUUCAAUCAUGAGAACGUAGAUAUUGGCGUAGUUGAGGUGGGCAUGGGUGGACGACUUGACGCUACCAACAUUAUUGCUCAAAUGAGUGCCGAAUCUCGGCAAGCUGAGGCCGGUGGCAUGGCAGUCCGGGCGCCACCGCUGGUCACCGCAAUAACGGCAGUUGGACUUGAUCAUCAGGGCUUCCUUGGCAAUACACUCACGGAGAUAGCUCGCCAGAAAGCAGGGAUCAUCAAGCCUGGAGUACCUGUCGUCUAUGAUGCAAGCAACAAUAUCGAAGUCCAGGACGUUAUCGAGGCGCAAGCCCAAGACAACCGAGUGGUUGAGUGGAAGUCGCGAAGUCUGCCCGUGGCACAUCUCGCCUACGACAGCAGUACGCCCGUCGAUCGUCGGAAUCACUUCUGGUCUCACCAUGAAAGCCAGGAUCUCCCAAUCUACUAUCGUGACAACUUCAGCGUUGCGUUUCGCGCUACUCUUACAGCGUUGCAAGAACUCAGACUGUACCCUCGAGAGUUCAAGCAGAAGGAUAAGCCGGAUGUUGCUUGCUACCCUCGCGAGUCGAUGUCCGCCAUGGUCGAAGGCCUCGAAGAUCAUCUUCCUGCUCGCGAGCUGGCCACCGCCAUGCUCAACAUGCCUUUAUCUACUGUACCCGGCCGUCUACAAAAGAUCGACCUGCGUACGCUUGGUAUUCCGCGAGAAGAGGGCGUGCUCUUAGACGGUGCCCACAAUCCGCAGGCCGCAAAGAUGCUUGAGAUGUCCUUGGAUCGCGAAAUGCAGAAUGCAGAUCCUAUCGUCUGGGUGCUGGCUUUCACUUCGACAAAGGAGGUAGACGAUAUUCUCGGAAUUAUUCUGCGACGGGGGGAUACUGUCAUCGCUGUUGAAUUCGGUCCGGUAGAUGGCAUGCCGUGGGUUGAGCCCAUGAAAUCUGCUGAUAUAGUCAAGACUGUGAAGAGCGUCGACGGAUGCAAUCCUGGGCAAGCUUUCGGGUCAGACUUGCUAGGUGCUCUUCGUGCAGCCCAUGAAGUCUCCAUUCAGAAUGGCGGCCUUGACCAUCAACUUCCGAUUGUGAUUGCAGGUAGUCUGUAUCUUGUAGCUGACGUCCUGAGACUUCUGCGGGCAUCCGAGUCAAAAGCCAAAGGAUGA